AUGACGUUAACACAGUUGAGGCAAACGAUGAGCGAUUUGAAAAUAAGUCAAGAGGCGAAGUUAGACACAUACAACUGCUUUUUGAAUGAAUACAAAAGUGAUGAGAACAAACAGAACAAAACCGUUCUUGUCCAAACAGACUCGCGGAAAAUAUUUUUAGUCGACGGGAUAUCUUCGGUCAUCGAAACACUUGAAAGGUUGCCAUUUUCAAGAGUGAUGUGGUGCUCUUUAGUGUUUUACCCCAUCGACUGGAGAGAAGACAAACUAUUUGAAUGUCUAUCAGCACGUCUUCUCAAUAACCCAAACAACGAAGUAUUAUUAUUAGCACUCCAGACAUGGGUUGAGGAAUGUGGUCCUGAGUUCACAUCAAAGUCGUUGGAUUUAUUUAAAGAGCUUCUUUCGAGUAUUGAGAGUCGCAUCGACGAGAAGACAAAAGUAGUGUUUAGCAAAGUGAAAGAAACGAUUACAACCACAAAAAGCAACGAAACAGAACCAACAUUUCAAAUGAUAUUCAACCCCGCAAAACUGACAAUUAAUGGACGAAGUGUGACACUCCCACAGUGGGCAAGAACAACAGUGUUCUCUGCUAAUAUUUUGAAUAAAGACUUUUUGGAUAUCGCAAGCCAGUUGAUGAUCUGCGAACACACGUUUCUCUCUAAACUCCAGCCAAAGGACUUCUACUUAUACACAUUCCCAACAUCACGUGAAGAGUCAAACAUCAAAGUGUAUUUAAAAUGGUCCGCAUUAGUAUCCAACUGGGUCGCAUUCGCUCUGAUCAACCAACAAAACGAGAUGAUAAGAGAAAUAGCUUUCAAAAAUUUUUUACAACUUGCGCUGAAGUGUCUUGAAAUACGAAACUUCAACUCAUUCAAUUCAGUAGUGACGGGAUUGCUCCACUUUGCUAAUUCGAUUAUGGUGACUUCAAUCAGUCAGAGGACACCAGACGAAGUUAAGCUUCUCGACCAACUUGUCAUAUUACAGGCAAAAGUGCUGCAUUCGGACUAUUCCCUUCUCUUUGACAAACCUUCAAUUCCUUGUAUCAAGUACUUCUUGGGACAAAUCAAUAAGAUCUACAGUGAAGUUGACGAGAUCGAUGACACAACAGGGAGCAUCCCUUCAGAAGAAGAACUCUCCAAGAUGUUUGAUGCGUCGAAGGCGUUCUUGAUAGGUGACAUCAUCUACUCCAUUCGAAAUGUGACUGGGCACCUCGAGAUAAAACCAAACGAGCAAAUGAAAGAGUUUUUCUUGAGCACAUUGCGCACGAUGAAAUUAGCCAACGACGAGCUUUUAGAGUUAGCCAAAGCUUCUGAGAAGCGGGAUAAGGAGAAGCAAGUGGGCAAAGUAAAUCCAAUUUGA